CUGCUGAUCACAGAGCGAGUCCAGACUUUUGUCGGGCAACAUGCAGGGAGAAACAAGUGUAAUAAGAGAAGGAUUCCUGGUCAAAAGGGGUCAUGUUGUGCACAACUGGAAAGCACGCUGGUUUGUAUUGUCAAAAGAUCAACUUGUCUACUAUAAAAUUGAAGGAGGAAAGAAGGAGUCUCGUCCCAGGGGCAUUAUUUCCUUGGUAGGAUGUACAGUCCAUUGUCCCUGCCUGGAUUAUGAAAACAGACCGCUGGUGAUAAAAUUGAAGGCAAAGAAUUCUGUAGAGCAUUUCCUUGAAGCUUCCUGUCGUGAGCAACGAGAUUCAUGGGCUGAAGAUAUCAAUAGCAUGAUCAAGGCCUCAAAUCCAGAACAUCAAAAGCAACCGAGUUCUUCAGAUGCAUCCUUUGAAGUUUCAACAAACAUUUGUCUGAGUCACUUAAUCAGGGAAAUGAAAGAAAGCAACAGUGGGAUCAAGGAGAUGACAAAUGGAGAAUAUGGGAACACUUACAAACAAUGCUUCGCCGGUUCAACAGUGAUUGACUGGCUGGUAUCCAGAAACAUAGCCCAUUCCCGCUCGGAUGCUGUUACUAUAGCCUCCCUUCUAACUGAAGAUGAUUUCAUCAAACCAGUUGGAGAUAAAAGCACAAAAGCCAGAUUGAAUAUCACCAGCACAGAGCAGUUCCUUGAUGAUUCCACAGCACUGUACUGUUUUGCAAGAAGUUUGAAGAAGACAGAUAGUCCAAGCGAUAAAAUUGAAAUACCACACAUGGAUCUCAGCGGCAAGAUUGUUAAGCAAGGGUUUUUGAUGAAACAGGGACACAAAAGAAAGAACUGGAAAGUGAGAAGAUUUGUUCUGAGGGAAGAUCCUUCACAUCUACAUUACUAUGAUCCCUGCAAGGAAAAAAAUAAUGAACCAGUUGGAGGCAUGUCACUCCGAGGUUGCUUGGUAUCUGCAUUGGAAGACAAUGGAAUUCCACCAGGAAUAAAGGGGAAUGUUCAGGGCAACCUCUUCAAGAUCAUAACGACAAAUGAUGUGCAUUAUUAUAUACAAGCUGGCUCCCACGCGGAAAGAUCUGAGUGGAUUCGGGCAAUCAAGCAAGUAACAUAAAAGUCUGUUCAAAUGUCCUCAGUUGGGCAGUAGAACCCAAGAGAUGAACUGGGAAACUAUUUCAAUGAUCUUCGGUUUCAUCAUAGUUGGUCUUCUCUAAGUAGUUCUACAUCAACAGAAGAGAUCGUCUUGAAUAUGUAAACAUUUCCUAUGUGUUACUUUUCUGACUAGCACAUUAAGAAAAAUACAUCCACUGACUUUGGGGUGUGCUACUGGAAGAACGAAUGGAUAUGAUGGACUUUGGAUACAAAAGUGGGAUGGAUACCAGGGUGUUGUAAUCUUCUCUGCCUGUAACUCUUCUAUGAAGAUGAAUCUGACAACAGUCUAAAGCUUCUAACAUCUGUACUCACGUCAAUAAUGCCUUUAGGUGCAAUCUCAGACAAGGGAGAAAGCCUGACCUUUAUGUCACUAUUUAUUUUUCCAAAUUAUUGUUAAUGCACUUUAAUCUUCUUAGUAUCAUUUUGAGUUUUUAUUAUUACCACUUUAAUGUGUAUCUGCAUGUAAAUAUCAAGUGCAAAUAACUGAUGCAUUUGGAUUUUGCUUUCCUCUAAUUUUGAGCUCUUAAAAUAUUACUCAGUGCACAACAAAAUUGGCCUGCAAUUUUGAGUGUAAUUAAAGGAAUAUUAUACUGAUUACAGGCAGCAGUUGGCUUAUCUCUCAUCUCGGGCCUAUCUUCACUCAACUGAUGUAGCCAGUGGGACAUGCAGCAAGCAAAGUAGGGAGUUGGGAAUUGGGAGUAUUAGUUGUGUUCUCUUCUAAGUUGUUCAACUGAAAUGAUAACCAGCAGA